CUCUCUCUCUCUCUCUCUAUAUGUCUAUCCGGAAAUGAAGAGCGAAGGAGACGAAGGCUCGAAUCCGCCCCGCUGAAGGCCCCAAGGAAAGCCAUGACCGGCGGCGACCGCAGGCGCCGCGGCUCCUUCGCGGACUACUUCAAAGCCGCGGCCAAGAGAGUCUCCGGAGCUCUCGCCGCCCUCCUCCUCCUCCGCAAGCGGAGGAGCUCCUCGAGGCCCGCCGUGUCCGGCGCUCCCGGAAACGGCGGCGGGCAAGUCAGCGCCGUCUCCUCUUCUACAGAUACCGCCAGGAGUUCGUCGAAGAGGAGGUCGUCUUCCUCGCGCGCCUCCUCUUCUGUUGCCACGAUUUCCCCGAGCGGCCUGGCCGCGCCGACGGGUUUCACGAUGGAAGAGAUCGUCAAGGCCACGGGGAACUUCGCGGCGUCUAACGUGAUCGGGGAAGGCGCGUUUGGGACGGUCUACAAGGGCAAGCUCAGGGACGGAUCGCUGGUCGCCAUUAAGCGUGCCAAGCAGAACGUGCUCAAUCAGCGCGCGUCGUCCGAGUUCAAGAAUGAAGUCCUUACCAUGUCGAAGAUUGAGCAUCUUAAUUUGGUAAGGUUGUACGGGUAUUUGGAACACGGAGAUGAGAAGAUCAUUGUGGAAGAGUACAUCAGCGGUGGAACGAUGCGGGAGCACCUCGAUGGGGAAAAUGGACUUGAGAUGACUGAGCGUCUGGAUAUUGCAAUUGAUAUUGCUCAUGCAGUUGCCUAUCUUCACACAUACUCUGAUCCUCCAAUUAUACACAGAGAUAUUAAAGCAUCAAAUAUACUGAUCACAGAGAAACUAAGGGCCAAAGUGACGGACUUUGGAUUUGCACGAUUGGCUUCUGAAGACCCCGGUGCAACACAUAUCUCCACUCAAAUUAGGGGAUCAACAGGCUACUUGGAUCCAGAGUAUCUGAGGACAUACCAGCUUACUGAAAAGAGUGAUGUGUAUUCAUUCGGUGUAUUGCUUGUGGAAAUGAUGACAGGAAGACACCCAAUUGAAUCGAAGAGACCACUCAGGGAGAGAGUAACCAUAAAAUGGGCAAUGCAGAAACUAAAAGGGGGAGAUGCAGUUCUUGUCAUGGACUGGCGAAUGCGGAGAAGUCCGGCAUCCAUCAUGGCUCUGGAGAACAUCCUUAAACUGGCUCGACAGUGCCUUGCUUCCACAAAAGAGACAAGGCCAUCCAUGCGGAAGUGCGCUGAGGUGCUAUGGGAAGUUCGAAAAGAGUACAGGGAAAGAGCUUCCUCCCCUUUGCCUUCUGCUGUACGUUAUUCUGCAAAUUAUCCUGUUAGGGAUGUGGAGAAUCAUCGCCGUACGUCAUUCGGCAUUGCAGAGGGUGAAAGCUAUAAAUUUGCAUCUGCAUAACCGAGCUUCCAUAUGUAUAGUCUUUUGCUCAAAUGUGUGAAUAUUGGUUUUUGCCCAACUUCCCUUCUUUUACCCCUAUGAAUGAGUAAACUUCAUUACACAGAA